UGGACAUUUCGUUUGAUUCCUGAAGUGCAACAUUGGCUUUGACUCCGCGCUGCAAACCCAGGAAAAUACAUACGCCUGUGCGUUCAAAAUCAAUAUUCCGAGUCACCAGGAUGUGACGUUUGACCAAGGAAGCCUGGUUUUUAUUUCGGGGGAAGUCUAAAUGAAGUGAGUGAGUCUGCACAGGCCCUGGUAGUGUAUGUUACUGUGUCUCCGGGUUAAUGAAUGGAUCGAGUUGAAUAAUCAAGUCCGCGAAUAGCUCCGCGGUGCCGACAGUUUCAAGACGAGGUGGAAAGGGGCUCAUAGUCAGAUGAUCUUGCUUCGAUUGCUGCCCUUUAUUUGGGCUGUACCUGUAAAGGGAGAUUUUUUCCAGUUUGAGAGCCUUUCAAACGUGUCCAAGUAUUAUUUCAAUUACAUCUACUGUAACAUCUGGGAGGGGGACUGUCAGCCGCACCAGGAUGAUACGAGUCAGCAAGUGCCCACAGGGGACUUCUGGUCCGUGUUCUCCAAGGACUAUGCGCAGACCCUCUCAGACUGGUACUGCAAUCUGGGCCACUGCUGUGACACAGGAGACUGCAGGAUUAUCAACAACAUCACAGGCCUGGAGAAGGACCUGGAGCAGAAGCUCCACGGACAGCACCUGGUGCAGGCUGUGGUCCUGAAGGCCGUGCCCGGCUUCCUGAAGAAUCCCUCUCCGGACAAGGCCCUGGCGCUCUCCUUCCACGGCUGGUCGGGCACGGGGAAGAAUUUCGUGGCCCGGCUGAUCACAGACAACUUGUACCGGGAUGGCGUGAAGAGCGAGUGCGUGCGGCUGUUCAUCGCUCCCUUCCACUUCUCCCACGCCAAGCUGCUGGACGUGUACCGGGGCCAGCUGAAGGACUGGAUUCGGGACACAGUGCGGAGGUGCGAGCAAGCACUCUUCAUUUUCGAUGAGGCGGAGAAGCUGCACCCUGGGCUCAUAGAUGCCAUUAAGCCCUAUAUGGAUCAUUAUGAAAACGUGGAUGGGGUGGACUACAGGAAAUCCAUCUUUCUCUUCCUCAGUAAUAUUGGAGGUGCGGUCAUCAAUGAGGUGACUCUGGACUUCUGGCACUCCGGACAGAACCGGGAGGACAUUGGAAUGGAGGACCUGGAACACAGGCUACGGACUGAAGCCCUGGACUCUCAAGGGGGCUUCUUUCAGAGCCAGCUCAUGAUGGGCAACCUCAUGGACUUCUUCGUGCCCUUCCUGCCGCUGGAGUACCGGCACGUCAAGCUGUGCGCCCGCGACGCCUUCCGCUCCCGCGGGCUGCCGCACACGGAGGAGACGUUGGACGAGGUGGCCCGGGCCAUGGUGUACGUCCCCAAGGAGGAGAAGCUCUUCUCCGCGCAGGGCUGCAAGUCCGUGCCCCAGCGGAUCAACUUCUUCCUGCCCUGAGCCCAGCUGCUGGGCUGCUCCCCACGCAUGCUCCCGUGAGAGAGUGAGAGAGUGAGAGAGAAGGGACUUGGCUACUCCCGCAGACCUGGGGAAGCAACGGUCCUCCUGGAGAAACCCCUACGAGAGCUCCCCAAGGUGGGAGGAGGAGGCCAGCCGGUGAAAAGAGGCCUUCCCCCACACCUCCCCCAAACCAAACCAUUAUUCUUAUAUAUUAGCCAGCAGCCAUAUCACCCUGCAACUCACAACUGGCAACCCACUGAAGCUCAGCAGGUGUGAGCCUGGUCAG